AUGGGUUUAAGUUAUGGAGAAGAUUUAUUGGUGAACCAAUUUUUACCUGGAGAUUGUGUGGUGUCAUUCCUGUUUUCAAAUUUAAAGACGCAUUUGAGGAUUCACACCGGUGAGAAACCGUUUUCAUGCGAAUAUUGCUCGAAGGCUUUUGCUAAUGCUUCGGACGUGAGGAAUCAUGCCAGGACCCACACUGGCGAAAAACCGUUUGGAUGUGACAUUUGUUCAAGGACAUUUUCUCAGUCUUCAAGCUUAAGCAGACACAAAAGAGUGCAUGUUGGCAAAACACCUUAUUUGCAAGAUCAUAGGAAAGUCCACACGGGCGAGAAGGACUAUCCGUGUGAAUAUUGUUCGAAGUCGUUUUCUAAGUUUUCAAAUUUAAAGACGCAUUUGAGGAUUCACACCGGUGAGAAACCGUUUUCAUGCGAAUAUUGUUCGAAGGCUUUUGCUAAUGCUUCGGACGUGAGGAAUCAUGCGAGGAUCCACACUGGUGAAAAACCGUUUGGAUGUGACAUUUGUUCAAGGACAUUUUCUCAGUCUUCAAGCUUAAGCAGACACAAGAGAGUGCAUGUUGGCAAAACACCUUAUUUGCGUGAGACAUUUGUUCAAAAGCAUUUCUAA